CUAUUGGGACACCAGGACUCCGUCUGUGGCUCUGAUAUGGGACUUUAGGUUUAUGCCUCUCGUAUUGUCGUUCCUGGAGGGAAUUCUCUGGCUUAAAACAUUUACGCUCUUCCAGAAAUGGUGGGGCAUUUACAUUUGCAAGCUAUGGAUGAGAGUUUGAAAGGAAAGAACCGGGAUGGACUGAUUGAUAGUCCAGAUUCAGGACUCCCUCCAAGCCCCAGUCCGCCCUUCUACUCUCUGUCACCGGGGAUCCUCGAGUCACGCUCCGGCAGCUGCUCAACCCCAAAUGAGCUGCAAGGAUACUGCAGAAAGGAGAGCCGGGAAGGCAAACUGCUGCCAUAUUUGCUCCUGAACUCUCAAGGUCCAGAUGCGAAGUCACGCAUGUACCCUGUGAUCUAUGGAGAGAGCAUUGAGGUUAACCCCAAACCAGAAAAAGAGAUCAAGUUCAACUCUGCAGUGAAGUACGCUUCAGACAGACACUUCCGUGACCAGGUGUUCUGCGCCCAGCUCCCGACCGCCACAUCCUUCAGCGAGACGGUGGUGUCCGUUCAGAACUGCACGUGGCGCAGCUACAAGUCAGAGGUUCACUUUGAGCCACGGCACAGGCCGCUACACUUCCAAAGCACGACCAUCGUGUUCCCCAAGCACACCCGGAAUACAUACCGCACCACGCUGAACUACAAUGGCAAC